AUGCCGCUCGUUAAACGCAAAUACUCUCGAGCUGGCUGUGCCGAGUGCAAGCGGCGAAAGAUCAAAUGCGACGAGGUGCAUCCCGUGUGCGGCAACUGCACGCGCGUACGCACGCCGUGCGUGUUCCCUGCGCCGAACCAUCGCAACAAGCCACGACGAUUCAAGUCCGACAGAACGCCAGAAGCAGCCGUGUUAGGCACUGCGGAGGAGGCCCAAUCGAGCCAACCAAUGGGGGCUAAUCUACCGAACCCACCAAUAGACCAAACCAAUAUAUCAGGCCAACCAAUAGGCCAACCUAAUUUCCCAGAUGCUAGCUUGGCAGGCGCCCACGUUUCCAAUGGAGUAGCCCACGGUUUCGACAGCAUGGGCCUUGCAGACCCGUGGCCGUGGCCCAUCGAUGCGGCAUUGCUAGAAACGGUGUUUGACGACGCCAGCAACUUGGCGCAUGGCAUCGCAGACUUUGACCAGCCAAGCGAGGGCGUUUUGACCGACGACGUUCUAGGCGAUGCCGAAUGGGCGAGUCUUUUGGCGCUGAUUGGCGCUCCCGAGCCAUCCAAAAUGGACAUGGCCGGCGAAAACCAAGUGUCCAACGCCGAGCUCGCAAGCGCACUCUGUCGCCAAUACAACUGGGGCGCGCCCGAGCAGUUUUACCUCGGCGAGUUGGCGCACGGCCAGUUUGCGCGGUACAUAUUCCCGUUCGUGCUGGAUACGCGCCGGUGCCCUGUGAUGCGCGUGGUGCUCGAGUAUCUGGCGGCAUUCGAGUACAUGGCGCGGGCGGCCGUGGCGCUCGGCGCCUCGCUCGCGUACAAUGUUCUGCGCGACGCCCGCCACGACCGCAACCAGAAGAAAUACACCGCCGAGUGUAUGCGGUUGCUUGGCGCGGCCUUCGACAAUAUGGAGACAGGGCUGCUCCGGCACAUCGAGGGCCUUAUCUGGACGGUGUUGCUUUUGACGCUGCUCUUUUGCGACUUGCUUUACCCUGACCUGGCCCAGGUGCCCGUGUCGUGGGUGGCGCACUUGCACGAGGCGCGCGCGCUUUUGGUCAAGUACGAGGCGGCCGCUCGCACGUCGCACUCUUCGCGCCCGUUUACGCCGCCGCGCGGCGUGGUUUUUGCCCGGCUUCUUUUCUUCACCUAUGACUGGAUCGGCAAAAUGAGCCCCGGUGCGCGGCCGGCGCCGGCGGAGGUCGACCGAAGCGAUAUAUUCCACUCGCACUCGUCGCCCGAACUUGUUCGCUGCGGAGUGGUGGUGCCGCGCGGCGGCUCCGACUUUAACAUGCUCUUGUGUCUGACGCCCGAAGUGGUGGAUGCGGUGUAUGCGUUGUUUGAGGCCAUGGGCGUGCAAACCAGAGAGGAGAAUAACGUGGACCCCUCGAAAAGCAUAGGUCCCUUAAAAAGCCCUUCUGGAGUGAUCCAGGCCAGAACCACGCCCGCGCAGAUCCGCAGCAUCAUGGCCGCGGUGGAGCGCGCAGCCAACCAGAAAAUCGUGCCGGACAUUGGGCCCGACUACCGCGUGCCGCACGACAGUCUCGCGCACCCAGACUACUCCGGGCCGGGCCGUAUCGCGCUCCCGUCGGGCGCGUUGGCGUAUUUCGACGGCGAAUAUUACUCGUGGUGCGACGUGGCCCAGCAGCUGCAUGUGUGUUUUAUCCACUUGAAACUUUUGACCACGCCCGGUCUUCUCCACGUGCCGCGUAAUCACCCCAUGAUCCAGAGUCUUGUGCGGGAGAUUAUUGCGCUCAUGUUUUUCGUGCAGCCCAAGCCGGCGGAUUUCCGCCCUGAAACUGCUGUCGCCCACACGCGGAAUUAUUAUUUGCCCAAGGAACUUUUCGAUCUCCAUGUGGUGAUGAUUCAGCUCCCGUUCCGCAUGUGCAUCGACAUCACGGACAACGAGGACGACCUCGAGAAGCUUGAGCUUCUUUUCCGAGGACUACUUCUGUUGGGUAGCGGAAACAGCCUUCUGGCCCUCAAAAAGAUCGAGCUUGCCCUCCAGCGGGAGCCUUCGGCGCCUUAUACAGAGCACGAGUACACCGAGUGUUAUCCGGUGUACUGA